GCUGCUGGUGAAACCGUGAAACCGUGGUGCUGAGUCAUGUCUGCCUACAGCUGCUGAGGCUCUGAGGUCUAAAACCUGGGCAAGGACCAGCCCUGCUCCCUUGGAGGAAAUGGCAGAGCAGCCUCAGCAACAGCACAUGAAAACUUCCUUCCUCUUCAUCCAGCUGCAGCCCCCCCCUACCCGAGCUACCCUGACUCUCCCCGCCCCUUCUCCAGCCACAGCAGCCUCAACAGCAGCCCCAGGGGGCCAGGAGGAGGGACACAUUUUCCCAAGUCCCAGGACAGGCUUCUUGGCUUGCUGGGAUCUCAGAUGUACACAGGAUUUAACUACUACUCCUUUGAGCCUGCUGCCCGCCGAAAGCCCUGGGACACAGAGACCAGCUGUUUUCAAUUGCUGUUCACUGACGGAAAAGAAGGAAGAAACAGAAAAACUCCAGAAUGUGGAUGUAAGGAGGAGUGGUGUUUGCAGAUCCCCACAUAGGAGGAAUUGCCUGGCCCUGGCCGCUAGGAAACUUGGCCAACCACAACGACUGCCAUGCAGGCUUGCUAGCCCAACUCCUACGAUGAAUGAUGGAAACAGCAGUCCUUCCAUGGGUGGGAAGCACUGGCCAGUCAUUUCUGUCCACGAGGAUCUGUGGGGUAUGGACCCCCAAGCCAGGAAUGCCAUCGAACUCUCAGGUACCCUGUCCUAUGGUGCUGACAGGGAUAAAUGGGCAAUCCAGAGGAGAGGGACUGCUACCCAAGAGGUACUUUGGAAGCAUUGUGAAGAAGUAACAGGUACCACAGUACUGGCAACCAGGGCACAACUCUUCAGAUACUGCCCAAGGAUUCAAAUCAGCCAGAGCUGCCCGGCCCCACCUGCUGCUGUGCCUCUCAAGGCAGAGACGUUUGUUUGGGUUAACAAUGCAUCAGCACAUUCCCAGAGUGUUGCCAAGGCAAAGUACGAAUUUUUAUUUGGGAAGUCAGAAGACAAAACUCCAGAUACUAGUGAUCAUGGAGGAAGCACUUUACUCCCACCGACUGUCACAAAUGAAUUUCCAGAAUAUGGGACCAUGGAAGAAGGAGGAGAAGGCCUAAGAGCCUCUCUAGACUUUGAUGCAAAGUCUCUGCCAUGCCGGCCGCUAGAGCAGCAGGCCGUCCACCUUCUUGCUGGACAAGACUCUACGCUCAGCAGUGUCACAGAAGGACCAAAUGAUGCCUCUCAGUGUCACCCUCAGGGACAAAGUUUACAACCCAUUGACUCUUUAAUUUCUGCUCUGAAAGCUACAGAAGCCAGAAUAGCUUCAGGAACAUUUCAGGCUACAAAGGUACUGAAGGAAGAUGCUAAUUUCUCAGUUCAGCAGGUGAAUGAAGAGCUGAGUACUGCCGGUCACAAGCCACAGAGAACCCAUAGAACAUUCCCUGUUGGCAGAAAGUCACCAGACUUACCUCCUUCAGUGGAAGUACCGACAGAUGGAAAUUUUUCUUUGAACAUUCAGGAGGAUCUGACUGCACUCUUACCUGAAGAAGCUCAGACAGAACUGUCCCAGAUAGCUAAUUACAGGGGACAAGGGCCUCUCUGUGUGCAGGAGCCAGCAUGUCCUGUGUCAUCACUGGGGACCUCAACAGGGAGCCAUAACCCUGUUGACAGAGCUGGUGUCUUGAAAGAUCAGAGGUCUGACCUUGGAAGAGAGCACCCUAGAGGAUGUGAUUCGGGUGUCUUCAUGGGGCGGCAAGGCCGGAUCAAACAUGUCGAGUUUCAAGGAGUAGAGAUAUUGUGGACAGGAGACAAAGCAGAGACCCAGUAUCCUGUAGAUGUUGAGACAUCACCAGAAAGGACAGCCUCUCCUGUCAGCAAGGGGUUUGCCAAAGGACCAAGCCGUCACAGCUCAGCUGCUGGUUUGUGCAGCAAUUCUGUUAAUUUAACUGGGAGUGUUUCGGAUGAAACCUGGAAAGUUCCUUCAGUGAAGCCUGGCACGAACUUGGGGACAUUGUCCCCUGUGCCUCUUGGUGAGAGUGGAGAGGAUGAAGUCUUCCUGAGGGAAAGCAAAGAACACCUCGAAGAAAACCUUGAUCUACAGGGAGAUAAAGAAAGGAUUCUCAAACAGGAGGAGCCCCUGCGGGGAGGAGAUGAUGAUAUUCUUGGGACUGGAUACACGGAGGACUCCACAGAUGUGUACAGCAGCCAGUUUGAAACCAUUUUGGACAACACGUCCCUAUACUACAGUGCAGAGUCAUUGGAGACUCUGUACUCAGAACCUGAUAGCUACUUUAGCUUUGAGAUGCCGCUGACUCCCAUGAUCCAACAGCGCAUCAGAGAAGGUGGUCAGUUCUUGGAGAGGACCUCUGUGGGAGGACACCAGGAUGUCCUGAGUGUGUCAGCAGAUGGUGGGAUAGUGAUGGGCUACUCUACGGGGAUCACCAAUGGACUGCAUGACUCUGCCUCCUCGAUCUACUCGAAAGGGCCUCAAGAGAUGGCCUUCUGGGGAAGUGGAGGCCAUAGGCAUGCUGAGGUGAAAACGCGACCAGAUGCUCAUUCUGAAAUGGGGAGCACCGAAAUUCUGGAAAAAGAGACCACAGAAAGUCUCAGUAAUGGUACUAACAGCAACGUGGAAGCCGCUAAACGUCUGGCCAAACGCUUGUAUCAUCUAGACAGAUUCAAACGAUCAGAUGUUGCAAAACAUCUAGGCAAAAACAAUGAAUUUAGCAGACUAGUUGCAGAAGAGUAUCUGAAGUUUUUUGAUUUCACAGGGAUGACGCUGGAUCAGUCUCUCAGGUAUUUCUUUAAAGCCUUUUCUCUUGUGGGAGAAACCCAGGAGCGUGAGAGAGUAUUAAUACAUUUCUCCAAUAGAUACUUUUAUUGCAAUCCAGACACUAUCACCUCACAAGAUGGAGUGCAUUGCCUCACCUGUGCUAUGAUGCUCCUCAACACAGAUCUGCAUGGCCAUAAUAUUGGGAAGAAGAUGACCUGUCAGGAGUUCAUUACAAAUCUCCAAGGAGUAAAUGAAGGUGUGGAUUUCUCCAAGGAUCUUCUGAAAGCUCUGUACAACUCAAUCAAGAAUGAGAAGCUUGAAUGGGCAGUAGAUGAUGAAGAGAAAAAAAAGUCUCCCUCGGAAGGUACUGAUGAAAAGGCUAAUGGAACACACCCGAAGACUAUCAGUCGUAUUGGGAGUACAACUAACCCGUUCCUGGACAUUCCUCAUGACCCAAAUGCUGCUGUAUACAAAAGUGGAUUUUUGGCUCGCAAAAUCCAUGCUGAUAUGGAUGGAAAGAAAACUCCAAGAGGAAAGCGAGGAUGGAAAACCUUCUAUGCUGUCCUGAAGGGAACAGUUCUUUACUUACAAAAGGAUGAAUAUAAGCCAGAGAAGGCUUUGUCAGAGGAAGACUUGAAAAAUGCAGUGAGUGUGCACCACGCCCUAGCAUCCAAGGCCACCGACUACGAGAAGAAGCCGAACGUGUUUAAACUCAAGACUGCCGACUGGAGGGUCUUGCUUUUCCAAACCCAGAGUCCAGAGGAAAUGCAAGGGUGGAUAAGCAAAAUUAACUGUGUUGCAGCCGUAUUUUCUGCGCCACCAUUCCCAGCAGCCAUUGGCUCUCAGAAGAAGUUUAGCCGCCCACUUCUGCCAGCCACCACAACAAAAUUAUCCCAGGAGGAACAGCUGAAAUCCCAUGAAAGCAAGCUGAAGCAGAUCACCACUGAGCUGGCUGAGCACCGCUCGUAUCCCCCAGACAAGAAGGUCAAAGCCAAGGAUGUCGAUGAAUACAAGCUCAAAGAUCACUAUCUGGACUUUGAGAAAACCCGUUAUGAGAUUUAUGUCAACAUUCUGAAAGAAGGAGGCAAGGAGCUCCUGAGUACUGAGGGAAACGAGGCAGUGGGACUAAAGAAGUCACAUUCAAGUCCUUCCCUGAACCCAGAUGCAUCUCCCGUCACUGCCAAGGUCAAGCGCAAUGUGUCAGAGAGAAAGGACCACCGACCUGAAACACCGGGCAUUAAGCAAAAAGUUACUUAGAAUCCAUCCACGGCCAGGAAGUGCUGGUCAUGGAGCAAAAUAGAGUUUUUCAAGAUCUUUCUGGUAAUCCGUGAAUAUAUUUAAAAAAUAGUCUGUGACUAAAUGGUGCAUUAGUAACCUUUUAUAUUGUAAAUUUUUGUUAGUUUCUGUACAUAUGUCUUUGCUCUUGAGUUCUUGCUUUGAUGAUUUGGGCAACUUUAUAACUAAUGCACCUUUUGUGAGGGGCAGAGGAUUGCAGUCCUUUCUCCUUCAGCUUUCUCUUAUUUGCACUUCUGCACAGUUAUUUUAUGUAUUCCCAGUCAACUGUUGUACUUUUUUUUAGGUUUAAAUUUCAAUCCAUUGUAAAACACUUAACUGGACAAGCAUUGUGCUUUAGUAAAUCCUAGACUUUACAUGUGAAAUCCUGCCCAGUCACGGAGGUGAAGUUGAAUGCUCAUAGAUGCUCACGUACAAACAGCAGUGCUGGGAGUCAAGGUGUCCCAGGGGUGCACUUGGGCACUCAUCCUGGCACCUGGUGUUCAGUGCUGGGCACAGGAGGAGGGGACAUGACGAUGACAGGGCUGGAGGGAGACCUUAGGGAGGCACAGGACUCUGCCUCACCUGUGGCUUCCAUCCCAGCAGAUGUGGAGUCAUCUUGCCUGAAGGGAGGCUGAGGGUGGAUUGAUACCAAGCUCCUUCUGUUUUUCUAAAGGAUGGUGGCAGUAAUCAGCCCUUUGGGAGCUGCGAGCUAAAGCAGUAGGGUGUGUGGUCUUCCAUAGGAAUGUGUUACCUCACUCCCAUGGGGUCUAAACUAGGAAUUGGAAUCAUCUCUGUCAUUGAUGCCCUUCCCGCCAGGAAUAGAUCUAUUUUUGCAUAGAUGUGCAGGCACAGAUCAUGUCCUGGUUGAAACAGAGCAAUGUGGAAAAUGGAUUGCCCAUAUUUUUUCUUUGCUAUGACAGGACAAAUAGGGAGCAAACACAGCUUCAGUUCCUCAUCAGGGGACAGUGACCCUUCAGACCAAAUCUGAAGUCAGUCUGAUCAUAGUGACUGAAGAUGGAGGAACUUGAUGAUUUGUGUGCAGUUCCCUAGCUUAUCCUCAUCUCCAUCUCUAUAGACAUCUUACUCUGUCACUAUUAAGAUUGUUUCUGAAUUUAUUUGUAUAUGUUUGAUCUCACUUUUUCUAUGUACUCAAAAUGGCUUCACCUUACAGUCAAACAGUCCCUUCAAAAUUCAAGGUAUUAAGUAGAAUAUUGCCUGUAGAGGAAGAGAAAGGAAUAUAAAAGGUGAGAUUCCUCUAUGGCUGAAAACUCAGGUUUCCAACCUUGAAACUGUAUUCUCUAAAACUACUAUACUCCCAACAGCAUAUCUUCAAAACUAACAGGAUGACAUUUGGAUAUUCUUUAUCAUCCUUAGACAUUUGCUCUAUUUCUACUUGGUUAGUUGAAGGUACUAUGACCAGAGAAUCAGCUGCUCUUGCAUGAAUAGUAUGAUUCCAGUAAGUUAGAGAAGCCUGUUAGAAAAUCAUGGUAGUUUAUAGAGACAUAUCAUUAGGAUAUAGUAGCAUUUAGUUACAGGAAUAAGUGUUAACCUCUACUUCUUUUCCCUUGUGUACAUGUCCAUCUUGCUUGUGCCCAGGAAUAGUAACUCCUCUCCAAAACUAGAUGCUUGUUUCAUGGUAUUUUGCCACCUAUUGAAAAACUUCCUUUAACUUCUAUCUUGUUUAAGUAAGUCGACUUAGUUUAUAUUUCAGAACCAUGAAGCUAACAUGGGUAGUUACCAUUUUGCUUCAUGUACCUGAACUGCUUCAUAGCUUCCUACUGAAUCCAAUAUUUCCUGAGCAAGUUGCCUUUCUUCUGGAAGGUGAAUUAUCACUGUCUUCUUUUUGCUAAGUAUUUGUAGUCCCUCAAGGGAAAGAGGUACCAAGACCCUUGAGUCUUGAGCAUCAUCUUUGAGCAUCAGUAGCUGAAGAACAGUUAACAUGUUUGAAUGUGUUUGUCCACAGUGUAUGUCUACAUGUGUAUAGAAUGUUUGUGUGUACUUACCUAGAAUAUCUAAUAUACAUUGAAUGGUACCUUGCUGCAGAGUUUCUGGCAUGGAGAAUGAUCUGGGAAUACCCUUAGCAUCAGCACUGCCACUGUUCCUAUUACAGGAUUCAUAGUGUUGGCUCUAGAACUUAUGGUCAUGCUUAUAGAUAAUCAGAAGGCAAAGGCACUUUUGAAGCUGUAAACUAUGGUGUCAGCAUAAUUUAUCUGGAAAAAUAACUAUAACAUUCUUCUGUGAGUUAGAAUCCCAGCCUGCCCUAGUUGAAUGCUGUCCACCUUCCAGGGAUGGGGUCAAAAUGUGCCUUCCCUGAGGCCAAGAAUGUACAGCAGGCUGCAUUUGUCAUAUGGUAGAAACACCUCUGACCUGCUGGGACUCUGAGAUUCUGGUUCAUGGCCAACCCCAUUCCCCCACACUAUUGAGUCAUAAGAAAUGGAAGGUGGUCCUUUGGACAGCUACUUAAACCUGUUGCCUGGUGCACGGUACAGGGAGCUCUCCUCCCCCUCCUCCAUGGUACUUCAUCCUACCCCACCUAUGCCUACUUUCACCCCUACCUCAGUGCCCUGGAGCCUUGGAGUUCCUCUCCAUAUGAUAAAAUACUAUCUACCUUCCAUUAAUACCCUUAGUAAUGAUUUUCAGUGUAUAAAAUCUCAAGUCAUCAAACGUCUUUGAUGAUAGUCUUGUUGCAAACUGACCCUGCAUAAAAUCUGUGUGUGUUGUGAGGCUCACCCUACCCCACAUGCUGACUUCUAGAAAGGUUUGCCAGGAACCCCAUUUAAGAGAUUAAAAUCUUGUUACUACCACUCAGAGUUCUUGUUUUAUUGGUAUAUAUUGUCAUUUCUGAAAUGUACUUUAAAAAUAUACAUCGUUUACCUAAUUCUUAGCAGUGUCUAAUUAAGGCAAGUAUUACUUAUAUGCAUUUCAACCAGUCACAGUGAGAUCAGCAUGUGGGGAAGUACUCUGCUAGAAACACUAUAUAUGUAGAUUCUAAAAACUGCUCUUAGGGAAAUAAGAUGGAGCCAUUUCUCAUGCAACAGUCUUGUGAAGUUUGUAAGGCACUCUCUGCCCUUCCAUUUGUGUCCCUCAAGAUGAGGACCAUUUUCCAGGAAAUUGUGAGGGCAUUGAUUCUGGAGGAGGACACUCUGGCUCUGCUGCCACCUGCCCUUUCUCAGAUAAAGAGCAGGGAUGAAGGGCCCUGAUGGGAAUAAGGAAGGACCAUCCUCAGGUGCACAUCUCAUCUGCCUUGUUGACUAGAAGUCAGUUUCUCCUUUGUCUUCUCAAACGAGAGAGACCUUACAUGAAGUUAGCUGAAGAUGAAAUUUUAAUUCUUUGGCAUUGUUUUCUAGUAGUCAUCAAUUAAGCCUCACUUGACAUUAAAUUUCUUAGUUUUGAACAUCCAAGUUUUUGUGGUUUGGCUUUUAUGGAUGCAAGAUUUUAUCAGGUCAUUUAGCUACCUUCCUGGUUUUAUCAGAGAAUGAUACCUUUGUAAGUUCAGAUAACAGUGUGUUCUUCACUAGUAAAGUUCACACUAGACCCAUUAGAAUUGCCACAUCAGGUACACCUAGACUCUGGUUCAAGAAGAAUAAUGUAACUCGAGAUUCAAGUCAUAUCUGCUUUUGUUUCAGAGCAUCUGUGUUACUCAGACAGAAAAAGACAAGUCAAUUUAGUAGGCAGAGGAUCUCCCUUGCUCCGGGGCCUGUUACGUUCAUUCACCCAGGCCAGGCUGCUGGUGAACCUCUAGAGCAGCAGAAAACCCCCACUCACUUUUGACAUCUGCUAUCAUCAUGCCAUCCAGAGGACUUUCUCAGUCCACUUAAAAUAAUCCCUGAGGUAUUGCAGAGGUACUUUGUCACUGCGUAUCCUUUCAGACUCCCUUUCCAUCCUUCACACUUAACGGGACUGACAUCCGAUGUCAUUCUCAUUCUGCAUCUGUGGAGUGGGCAUCUUCCAACAGUCAGCUCAUUGCAUGUGGAAAGAAUGUUAGGAAAUACUUGAAUCUGCAUGGCAGUUUGCUGGUUGUACGCAAGAGCAAGGAAUACAGCAAGUUACUUGUACAUACAGUAGGUUUCCUUAGGUCUUGUGGACACAUCCUUCGUAAUUUAUAUGUAUAUCUGUUGUAUUAAAGUAUUUGGGGAAUAUUUGUAUAGAUAGUAUGUCACAUGUCCAAGGAAAUGCUUUCUGUCACCCGCUAAUGUUGUAUUUGUGGGUAUUUAUAGUUGUAUGUAUGUAUGUGCAUCAAUGUGUAGAUUAUGUAUCAGUAUAUGGUAUAUGUAUGUUGAAAUUAUUUUUGUCUUUCAAAACCAGUAUAAUAUGAAAAGAACAUUUAAAAACCUCAUAGGAGUGAUUAUAUAGUACAGUUGUUGAGAGUUCAUAUAGUGGUAUUGUUUUAUUAAACUUAAAUUCAAAUGAUAUUUUAUUAAAUUUUUUAGUAAGACUUUACAAUAGAAAAUUCCAUCUUUAAGCUUUGAAUUACCAGGGCAAAAAUGACUUUGAACUACACUUGUGAAUCUAUUGACAUGUACAGUGUGCAAUACAAUGAGAACUCAUUAUAAUUUGGGAAAUACAGAAGUGGGGGGGGGGAGCCAGCCUGUGCAGUCUUAGCAACUUUAGCAUUAAGAACACUUAAACAUAAAGUUGAACUGGCAACUUUGGGCUUAUUACAAAAUGUGAUGCUUUUGAGCUCACGUUCUUUAUUGUUGUAAUUAGUCCAGAACACUACGUAGCUUUCCGAAGAACUCAAUAUGUACCCAGUGUAUCUUUUAUGUACCGGUGUAUAUUUUAGAGUAGAUCGGUCACUCUCCUGGUGCCACAUCCUCACCCUUAUUGGAAAGGAAUAUCACAGACAAUACUGAAGUCUAUCAGGGCAUCCCAAGAUCGGGUACCGUAUUCCAGGUUCGCAAUUGCACAGGUUACCAGCUAGUGUCACAGGUAAAAGGACUUUAGGAACAAGUUAAAACUUUAUUUAAUAUUUUUAUACUUCAGUCUCUUUUCCUGACUCUCCCCAAAGAAGAGCCACUGGCCUUAGUUGUUUGACAUUGUUGCUUAUAUCACAGGUGUAAAUAAUGACUAGAGACUACAGUUUUAUUAACCAGCAUGUUUGGUAUGUUUAAAGCAGCGACUGGGUGUGUUCGAGUGAGUGCUUGGCUGCAGUGUCUUUGUUAGAACACGCUGCCUCAUGUCUUCAUGUCAGAGUCAGAGAAUUGGAACUGUUGGGUCUGAUACCCUCUUCAGCUCCAGGCUGCAGCCCCAUAUUGGUAGUUACAGCUGAGUUUUGUUUUUAUUAACACUUCAGUCUCAAACUAUUUUUACAAAUAUAUAUUUUUUUCGGGCUGGCUAUGUGGCUGAUCAGCAGGGCUUCUGCAGGAGUAUUUCCUCCUAAGAAUUACUUGUGAUUUGCAGAAAACAGCCAUGUGACUCAGAAAUCACACAGAAAAUGAGUAGUAGAAAUAAGGUAUAAUUUAGGCCUUAGUUACUUGAAAUGUUUGGAUUUUAAUAUAAAGCCAUGGAAGUUGUAAAGCCAAGUAAUCAUUUGACAUGGAGAAUAAUGUUCACUCUAGAGAGUAUAUAUGCACAUUGAAUUUUAUGUCAUUAGGAUACUUUUUUAAGCUUUAGAAAUAUGAGUAAUUAGACCAAAUUGAAGUGGAGGGGUGCUGGCUGUUUUCCACUUGGGGUAGCCAUGUCUGUGUUAAAUCUUUUCCUAGGAGAUUCAACGAUUCACUGUCCUCUUAAGUAUUUAAAAAGAAAAUUGAUAUGCCUGGGACCUCAUCUGUGUAUGCAGAGAGAGAGAGAGAGAGAGAAUGUUUAAAGUUAUACAAAUGUAUAACAUUGAGACAUUGAGGGCCAGAGUAGUCUAAAGAAAUGAUGAAUGGAGGUGAUGUAAACUGUGUCACAGAUGUGUUCCAUGAGCCAGGGAACACUGAUGGAGUUCUGGUGUUUGACUUUGAGAGGCAUCACAUUUUCCUGGUGGAUCACUGACUUGAAGGCAUUCUUAUGAUCUCUAGGCAGUGACUCUCCAGCCCUCUGAAGGUGAUUCAUUUAGGAGGGGAGUGUAAAUGGAGAAGCCAUAUUACCUUCAGAGUCCCAAGUGUGGCUGGCCUGCCCUGGCUUUGAGCUGUGGGUGAGAGAGCUGGCAUUGGAGAGUACUGAACAGCCAAACGCUUAUCUAUAGUGCAGGAUCUUCAGGGUGAAUACAGACAGGAACCCCAAUCUAAUGUACUUUUGCAGGGGAGCGUUCACCUUUCACUAGCAGUAAUAUGAAAAUCAGUACCUUACCUAAAUCCCUGAAAGCACUGGUGGAUUGAGAGGACUUUGGGAUUUCACUUAGUGUUUUGCCCAGCAGUCUACAUAUGCCUUUGGACUCACCUACAAGUCCCAGGCACAAGGCUCCAUGAAGGACGACACAGCAGGUCUGAGGCGCUGCUCUGAGCCCUUGCCUCGGGCAGUGGAGAGCAGGGUGGUCUCCCCACUCUGGCGUGUCUCCAUGGCCUUCCACUCCACUGGGGCUUCUGCUGGGUUCCGGGCAGUUAGGAAUCCAGCUGUCCCAGUGGCUUGACCCUGUUCAGGCAAGAUAUCAGCUUCAAGAGUGACUCAUCCAUGGGAGAAGACACAUGGGGGUAAAAAGACCCUCAGUUUGAAGCUAAGGUUGCAUUUUGUCUUUUCAAGAAACAAAUGGGCACGUUGAGUUCUGUUCAGUGUCAGCUGAUAUCUUUGCCUUUGCUCCCAGAUUUCCAGAAAUGGAUGCUACUUCCUUUCUGUGGGAAGGGUCAAGGAACAUAAAAUUGCUCAGCAGUGCUCUGUUCACAGGAGGGUCGUUGAGCAAAGGCCAGCAUGCCUCCCUACCUUCUCUUCUACCUCAAGUGUUUGGAAUUCACUUCUGGAACAGAAAUUAAUACAAGAGUCCAUGUUGUCAGCCCUGUUUCCUGUGGGAUGCACAUAGGAUGGCAAUUUGUAUCUUUUAAGAUAAAACAGGAGCUGGGACUUGGCAGCCUAUUUUAACUGGUUUCUAUUUACUGUGAUUCCAACUGAUUGGCAAUGUAUAACAUUCCUUUACCUUCAAAGUUUUCUCUGCCAGUCAUUUCUGUGUCACCACACUCCUGGUGUCACUUGUCCCUGCAAAUUGCAAAGGUAAUUAGUGACAAAACAGUAGCCUCCCCUUCUCAGUGGCCAAACUGUCAGCUUUUGCAGACCUGGGAAAGCUAGUGGUACCACACCAUGUACUGAAAAACUGUUCCUUAUCACACACCAGACUCAAGAAAUGCCACUUCCAAAUUGUGGCAUUCAUGGUGAUAGUCUUUUGAAUGGAACAGUAAUUUAUGUGGAUAUUGUUAAAGUGUUUAAAGAAUAUUUUGAAAAUUAAGUUUACAUUUUACAAUUGCUUUAUUUUUAUUGAAAUAAUUGUAUAUAAAUAUUAUCCUAUUUCACUGUUAUUAAAGUAAAGCUAAACCAUGUAGACAGUAGGUCAACUGUAUAGAAGCUGUGAUGUAUACAGUAAAUUUCUCUAUUGUGUAAAUGGCCAUGAAUAGAACUGUCCCUGUGUUUUUAUAAGUUGAGGGUAUUUUGUUGUUUUAUAACAACAAAAUUUAUUGCAUUUGAAAUGGUUUUUAUGUAACAGAAAUCAUGCAAACAAUGAAGGAUUAUAAUAUGGUAUAUGUAAAUGUACAAACUUUAGAAAGAAAUAAAUGCAACAAAUUUCAAUAA